UCAGCAGCAGCAUGGAUGUCUUGGCUAGUUAUAGUAUAUUCCAGGAACUCCAGCUUGUCCACGACACCGGCUACUUCUCAGCUUUGCCAUCCUUGGAGGAAAACUGGCAGCAGACAUGCCUGGAACUGGAGCGAUACCUGCAGACGGAGCCACGAAAGAUCUCCGACAGCUUUGGCGAGGAACUGGACUGCUUCCUUCACACGUCCUCAGCUCCUGAUGCAGAGGACAGUAUCCGACAGCUGGACCCCCUCCUCUUGCCAGUGGAAACAAGCGCAUGCGAUAAAAACGCCAAUGUGGACGUUAUCCUCUCGCGGGACAAGCUGCUCUCUGAGACGUGCCUCAGCUUGCAGCCCAGUAGCUCUUCCACAGAAGGCUACACGGCCGUCAACCAGGCCCAGCUCAAUGCCGUAACCUCGUUAACACCCCCUUCCUCUCCGGAGCUCAGCCGCCACCUUGUAAAAACCUCACAGACUCUCUCAGCGGUGGACGGCUCGGUGACGUUGAAAUUGGUGGCCAAGAAGUCCUCACUGAGCUCCAUGAAAGUGGGUGUAGCGGCAGCAACUGUGGGGACAAUAAAGAGUGGGCAAAGUGACAGUGAGCAAGGAGGGACAGGGGCGGAGGCGUCCCCAGAAAACAAGAAGAGGGUUCAUCGCUGUCAAUUUAAUGGGUGCCGCAAGGUUUAUACAAAGAGCUCCCACUUAAAGGCUCACCAGAGGACUCAUACAGGUGAGAAGCCUUACAAGUGCUCGUGGGAAGGGUGCGAGUGGCGUUUUGCACGGAGUGACGAGCUCACGAGGCAUUACAGAAAGCACACGGGUGCAAAGCCCUUUAAAUGCAACCAUUGCGACAGGUGUUUUUCCAGGUCUGAUCACCUUGCCCUCCACAUGAAGAGACACAUCUAAACAUCAGUCCGCUUGGCGUGGAUGUCAUCUGAGCUAAGUGUUAUGAGAUGAGAGUGGAACUCAAGAUACAACCCACUGCCUGGCAGGAGAAGAGAACUUGUUCACAUGUAACGCUCUGUACAGAGGCUACACGCUCACACUGUCAUGCACCCAACUAUACUUCAAUACCUGCAUCUGUUCUUUAUGCCUUGCCCCAGCUGGAUGGGAGAAGAUGCAGGCGAGGAAGUGGGAUAGAAGUCAGUAAGAAGGAACAGUUGCUUGCAGUACUUCGGCUCUCUUGGAUUUGUUUCUGUUUUUUGCCAAUGGAAAUGAAAGCAAAUGGAGGAGGCUUCCCUGCAGGUGGACAGCAGUAGGAGGGGCUUAUUUAACUUGCUUCUCAGUGCAACUCAAUAAGAGAAUAUCUUGUCUUCAAGUCGCAUAUUUGUAGCACUAACUUUUCUUUUUAAAUAGACAGGGGGAAAACAAUGACCUAGAAAACCAAAUCCCAGUUUGGUAGCCAAAACUAACCUCUUGGUUCAUUUCUUCUUUGUCUGAGAAUUCCUAAUGUUCAAUGCAUCAGACUUCUCACAGACACUUUGACUUGUCUUGGUUUAGGUUCUUCCUAGAACUGAGCUAUUAAGAUCCCUUUAAGUCAAUACCAGUGGCCUUAAUGGCAGUAGACUGUGGAGUGACACUUGUGACACAAACAUCCUCUUUUGGCCUGAGUAUGUAGAUUUCAUGGAGGACUUUAUAUUUCUUGAUUUAUUUUUAUUUUAAUUUUUGUUUUGGCUAUUGCACAACAUAUGCACUAGGGACUCUCGAAGCUGCUGGCGUGAUGGCUGAGUGGCCAAGGCAUAAGCCCCUGAGAAACAGCACCUAAUAUCUCUGUAGGCAUCACCUUAUUGCCGUAGCUAGGACUUCUUGUUUAUUUGUUGAACAAGAACAUUAAAAGCUUAUUCGGAAGCGUAAAUGUUUUUUUUUCUCUUUUCUCCACGAACAAGUGAUCUUCAGAACUCCUUGUCUUCACCUGGAUAUCUGGGACUGGCCACACAGGCAUGACUACAGGAUUCCUUCCACAUCAUGUGAGCAUGUUAGCCACAACCCACAGUGACUUAUUUGAUGAAUUAUGUUGCUUGUUCUUGCUGUUCUUCUAUUAACCAGUUUAAAACAUUAGACUUCUGUUUGUGUAAAAAGCACCUGCAGACAUUUUAAUUUAAACCUAAUGCUUAUUGAGCAUCUUACACACAAAAAAAAGCCAAAAACUGCAGUCCCUGAGUGGGAAAGCAAGAACCUCUUCCAAGUACAAUGGCUUCAUUCAGCAUUAGUUUAUUUAAAACAAAUUAUUGAAGUCCUCCUUUUCCAUUUAUCAGGUUGGUGCUCUAGGCCACUCCUGUAUGAAAACUUGUAACAAAGUGUGAAUGGUGAAUGAAGGGUUGGAUUUUACACACAGCACUGAGGC